CCCGAGGUCAUCUUCUUCCACCACGUCUACGAGCCGGACUCGUGGUUCUGGCGCCAGUUUGUCGCGAGCGUCGCCCGGAGCAAGACGACCCGCCUCGAGAUGGUGGUCGAGCGCGACGUCACCGAGGUGUUCGGCAACGCGGUCGAGCACUACGCGCACAAGGCCGACGUCCUCCGCCUCGAGGCGUUGUACAAGUACGGCGGCAUCUACCUUGACGCCGACGUGCUCGUCAUCCGAGACCUUGCACCGCUGUACCGCCACGAGGUCGUCAUGGGCAUGGAGUCGCAGCCCAACCUCGACCCGGCGCUGCCACCGUCGGGCCUGUGCAACGCCGUCAUCCUCGCCAAGCCGUACAGCAGCUUUGUCGCGAGAUGGAUCGACACGUACCAGACCUUCAACAAGUCGCUGUGGGCCAAGCACAGCGUCGCUACUCCUUGGGACUUGGCUCGAGCGUACCCGACCGAGGUCACCGUCCUCAACAAGUUUGCCUUUUUCUGGCCGCUCUGGGACGACGACGCCCUGCGACGGGUCCACCGCUCGGACGUCUACUCGUUCCACCGUCCGUCGCCGCUCGCACCGACCCGCGACAAGCAGUUCACGUACCACCUGUGGGAGUCGGUCGCCUACAAGCGGUACCUGUCGCCGUACGACCCCGACCGGAUCCACAACCGCGGCAAGAAGCACGGCGCCGAGCGCGAGGAGGACGGCGCGAGCGACGAGAGCAGCUUUUCGAGGGAGGCGCGGCAGUACGUGACGGACGACUUUCGACGAGCGUGGCGGCAGGCUCGCAACGAGGGGCUUAUCGGUACCUGA